CACUUGACGUCGUAGCUGCGGCUCGCACACCUCGCCGAGCACGACGCACGUGCGGCGAUCCAACGAUGACCUUAAACGACAGCAAAAGGUUCGCCACUUCCUCGACAACUUCAGUCUGACUUUUAUUUCCUUUUGUGGCGCCAUGAAGAAGCACCACAGUCCCACCAAGCAGCAGCCGGCGGCGGCGGCGGUGGCGACUCAGGGCGGCGAGGUGACCGUCCAGCAACUCAACGAGCUCCUGUCGAACGGCAGCGGCUUCUACAGCCUCCCGACGCAGCACUUCAACGAGGUCUUCCCGAGGAUCUACAUCGGCAACGCGUUUGUGGCCCAGAAUACAAUGCGGCUGCAGAAGCUGGGUGUCACGCAUGUGCUCAACAUGGCGGAGGGCACCUCCUUCAUGCACGUCAACACCAGCGCCGACUUCUACGCCGGCACGGGCAUCGUCUACCAUGGCAUCAAGGCCAACGACACGGAGCAGUUCGACCUCAGUGCCUUCUUCGAGGAGGGCGCCGGUUUCAUCGACAAGGCCCUCGCGCACAACAACGGCAAAGGUGUACGUGCACUGCAGGGAAGGCUACAGCCGCUCGCCCACCAUGGUGGUGGCUUACCUCAUGCUGCGCCACAAAAUGGACGCCCGGCAGGCAGUAGCCACCGUGCGGCAAAAGAGGGAGAUCGGCCCCAACGACGGCUUCCUGCGCCUGCUGUGCCAACUCAACGAGAAACUGGCCCGCGAGGGACGGCUGAACGGCGAGGUGGGCAAACUAAAGGCCAAAUGAAUACGACCUCCCAUCAUGCCUUUCACUGGUUUCCCGCUGCUCUCCGGGACUCGUACCACAAACCAGCACCCGUCCGAGGGGUAUUCUGGAACAUGCUUUUUAUCAGUGUAGAUCAUUGCACUCGCACGUACGCACGCGUCCAUGUUUACCUUCGAAUGUCCAUGACGAGCUGCCGUAAACUCACCAAUCACACCAUAGACGCAGACCUCAUAGAACCGAGCUACUUCAAGCAUUCCGACGCUCCGUACUCCCAAGAUUCCUAACGUGAAAGACGACAGCACAAUCAUUCCGAGGUUUCACUGCCGCGAAUGUCGGAAUCCAAAAAAAGAAAAAUACAAAUCAAUUAUACGGCCGAUCACAAUGCGAUGAAACGAGGCAUAGAAGCAUUCCGUGAAUCCGCAGCAAAGUUUUUAUAAUUAACAGUGACCCAUGCCAACACGUUAGCGUAGUGGAUCCUAAAAACCGACCAGAGGCCUCCUCUGUUUGACACUAUCCAAAUGCAACAUGGGACAAAAGUGAUGCAAAUCAUCGUGUGCACUGCCAGUUCGCACAUUCCAUACCUUGCACCUUUUUUUCCACCCCAGUUUGUGUGCAGUGACGCAUUGCAAUACAUUUCAAUACCCCCAUCUUAUAUACAGUAACUAUAGAAUGUAAAGGCAUCUCUCGAUUAUUUAACACUGUCAACUGCGCCUCGUGUGUCGCUCAUCUCAUCAAUCAACUCACUAUUUAUUCCUCCUUUCCUAUAUGUAUAAAUAUAUGCAUAUGAAUAUAUAUAUGUUCUGUGCGUACUGUAUAUACAUAUUUACUGUACGUGUUGACAUAUAUGAAUAUAUGAGCAAUGUGUCUGUAACGUGACGUAUAUUGUCUGCGUGUCUUAUAUAUCACUUUAUAUUCGUCUGUAUGACUAAAUAAUCAAUCCCACCACCGCUCAUUUACAUGUACUACAAUAUAUUAUUCAAAUAUGAUGUGCAUGUAAAACCUUGCCUGUGAUCACAAUUGUGCGAUCCACGAUCACGAAUCGUGCGUCUACAUUGCGCCACAGGUGGCAGUCUGGGUUGUGCUCAUGAUGCCAUCGCCUCCAUGUUUGUUUGUUGCUGAGUAACACUUAGUUGUUGUAUGACACCAAUGCCUACGUUGGGAAGCAACUGGUGUCAUUUCAGUAAUUUCUUCUCACACUGGCCGAUCUAAGCCAGCUUGGUACUGCAUAGUACCGAUAUCGUAUCAAUCUGGGCCUGCUGAGUUGAACACAAAGCUAUUACUCUGUUGUACAAACAGGUGGCUACACAGGUUGAUUGUGCCUUUGCCAUCUAGUGGAAGAGUAUUUCAUUGUUCUGUCUGUCACUAUACGCUGGAGGCAUAGAUAGAUGAACAAAGAUACAUUAUUUGUAGUAAACAAAUAAUUUUCGGACCAAUUAAGUAAAAUUGGAGAAUUUCCCAAGGCACACCUUAUAUUUCAUGGCACACUGUGGCACAGUGGUUGGGUAUCACUGGUGUAAAGUUCCGACGUGAGAUCGGGGGUCGAGGUCGACCUGCCAAUCGGAGGCUGGACGCUGCGACCAGUGUGAAGUGCAACACCCGGCGAGACUCACUGUCCGUGUCCCUUUGCGUUGAAAGCAAUUGUAAUGAUCUGAAUGUUUGAAGCUGCAACACCACUGCAAACGCACACUUCAGACACAGCAUACAUAAGUCCAUCUCGGACGAGUUCUGUCUGAAAGCUUCGGAUGGGCUCUACUGUUACGCCUCUGAUGCACCAACUUGCCUGGAAGGCAGCGUGAAAGGGGGAAGAUCCAAUUUCUAGCAGUAUCCCGAGCCUCCAGUUGGGGGAGCCCUUUCAUUACACUCCAUAAAACCGCUCCAUUGAGGAGGUACUCUGUGACCGGAGUGGUUGUUUGGUAGACGUCCAGCCAAAUGUGUUCCAGCAGCAAAGACCUGGCCCCCGCUUGACGCAGACUAAACGCUGCCAGAUGCAUCGCAGCGUUGCAGCAGCGGCGUUUGCUGACGUCUGAACAUGGGUCGGCAGGUCAAGUCUUAUCACGGGGGGAGUUGCAAGAUGGCCUCCCCCGAUUCUGGCUCGACCCAACUCAAUAGCCCCACGCCAGCGCACAUCCUCAGUUGUUUGUCCGUCCAAAGUGUUUGGCAACUAACAUCAGGUGCACUCGUUCACCAAGCUGAGAUCUUUGUCAAAAAUGUGUCACAGCAUGUUUUUCUCCCUCCUCACCUCAUCACGACCCGAAGACCACACAAAAAGUAGCACGGAUACAAUAUCACAUCCUUUGAGUCAUCCACAAAUCUGCUGCUGCACCAAUGCCCGAAAGCCUCUUUAAACUACUAACUUCUUUGAAUUGUCAUGGUUCCCAGCGCAAAAUCGAGCCAUCCAUUCAUUUUCUUAGAGCACUUGUCCUCAUUAGGGUCAUGUAAGAGCCAGAGCCUAUCCCAGCUGACCCUGGACCAGUCGCCAGCCAAUCGCAGGGGACAUAUAAACAACCAUUAACUCUCUCGUUCACACCUAUGAAUAAUAUAGGCACUCCAAUGAACCUAACAUGCACGCUUUUUGAAUGUCGGCUGUAACUACAAUACACAAUUUAAAAACGUUAGGAAUAUUGGGGUUGCAGGUGAAAGAUCAGGAUGAACCUAAAAUGCAUUGUAACCUUUACAGGUGAAUGUAAGUUGGCCUUCUCUAAACCUUUUGAACGGACAUGUCCAAAAGUUCAGUGUUUCAGCACGUAUUCCAAUACAUUUGCCGGUUCAAUUGGAAUUGGAAUUGAAACGAUCCUCUUCAUCAUGCCGUUCACAUUUUUGACAUCGCCAGACCAAGAUGACACCUAAAAAGUCAACAAUACUCGCCAUCGUGACGCUUCGAACAGAAUGUUCUCAGAGGGAAGUGGCCUUAGACUGUCAGUGUCAUCAGCUGGUUGCAACAGAGUGACUGGAGGAGUCACAGAAAGGCAUAGAAGCGGAUGAGUUUAUGGAUCAAACUGUUGUGACUUUUGGCAUUCAACUCUUAGAGAACAUCGUUAUGCAAAAUAUACUGAAACAGUGAACAAGUUUAGAGAAAGUUUAAAUUAAUUUGACCUUUAAAGGUUAUACCGGUAGUCCAUUUCAGUUUCAUCCUGAAAUUUCACCCCAAAGCUGCAGUAUCCCAAACUUUUUGUGAGUAGUGUCAGUCCUCAACAUUCCAGAUUUAGAGCUCUCAUCAUGGAAAAAUGGAACAAUGUAUAUCUUAUUCAUGGCAUAUUCAUGACUUAAAAUUUCAGCAUUUGUCAUAUUUUGUGACAGUCACCAACUUUAUGAAAUGCUUUAGCACACAAACCAACACUGCCACCUGCUGUCCAGUCAAUGUAAUGCUUUUAAUUGACCUUAACUGGAUUCUGUUACAAACCUCACCUCAUCGUAUUUUCUGUCUCAUUCAUUUUCAAGUGUAAAAAUGGUAGCAUCGCUACUAAUUUGUGUUGUUGACCGGCGAUGCGCCACCAGCAUCUCUUUUGGGAGCUUUGACCACGCUCCCCUUUGUUGUUUUCAGAACCCUGAAUGUCAAAUUGUAUAUCGUUAUAUAUCUAUAUACUACGUAAUAUGUAACAUGCACUAAGUGGUGAAUUGCUGCAUUCAAUGUCCAAGCUGGCCUCAUGUAUUGGUCGGCAGUAACAUUUGGUUAACCGCUUGACGAGGAGGAUUUAAGUGGAUCUUAGCUGAAUUGUUUUGGGUGGGAAAGGAUCGGGAAAGGUUCUUGACCUACUUCAUCAUCUUCUCUGACAAACUACGUCAUCACAAGCCUGUUACCCCUAAUUGUAAUAAAUUCACAGUGCAGGUCAGAGCAUUGUGAAACAUUGAGAAGUAUGCUCAUUUGACUCCCAGAUAACUUCCCGUGAAUUCUUUUUUUUUUUUUUUUUUUUUUUUUUUUGGGGGAGUCCAAAUGUGAAGUCUCCCAUGGUGUAAUUUGGACAUCUGCGCUUGAAGUCUCCUUUUGUUGGAAGCCCCGCGUGGCCGACAACCGAUACCCCGCACAUCGUGGAAACUCAUCUGGCUUGAACUUGUUCACCUUUUCCCCCGCAACAUUUUCCCACCUGAGAGCUUUUUAAACAAGCGCCGGAAAGGAGCAACAAAGUGGGAGUUCAGGCCAGGUGGAGUGCAGACACGAGUGUAGACGCCCCUUUCGUUGUUCUUUUUUUCACGCAAAAGGAGUCUUCUGCCUGACUCCUGCUUUCCCCCCCGUUUCCCACAUUGAUGCUAAUGAUUGACGACGACCCAAACAACACAGCAGCCCACCUGAAGCCUUACAGUGUGUCGUUCAGUUUGUCUAUUUCACCUCACACGGCGGGAAGGCAAGGCUUUGUUGAAGUGCACUUGAUUUAAGAUUGUUUUUGUUUAUUCUUAUCUUGGAAAACUUUGUAAAAAAAAAAAAAUAAACUACAGACUGAUCA